AUGGCUGUCGCGUUGCCACGUCGCUUCUUCCUUUCACCAUCACUACCACCAUCCAUCCCACCAUCUCAAACCACGACCGCCUGCGACAACAACAACAACAACGCCGACAACAACAACAACGAUGACAACAACGACAUCAACAACAACGACAAUGACGCUGGCGAUAACAACAACAACGAAGCCGACAACGACCACGGAUGGGUGGGAACGAAGGCGAGCGGAAGGCCAGACAACACGACCACCCACACAGACAACAUGACCGCCCAUGCAGACAACGUGACAACACAAAGACGAUGUCACGACACAAAGACGACACGACCGCCCACGCAGACGACACGACCACCCACGCAGACGACACGAACACGACGCGAAGACAUGAACACAACGCGACCACCCACAAACACGAUGCGACCACCCAUGACACGACCGCCCAAUGGCAACCGAGCCCCCCCUCCAUCUGUUGCUCCCCCUCCCUCUGUUGCUCCCCCUCCCUCUGUUGCUACCCCUCCCUCUGUUGCUCUCCCUCCCAUCUCUCCCCCCCUUCAUCACUCCCCCUCCCAUUUCUCCCCCCCUUCAUCACUCCCCCUCCCAUUACUCCCCUUCCAUCCAUUCCCACCCCUCCCUUCAUCACUCCCUCUCUCCUCCAUCACUCCCUACACCCUCCCCCCUCCAUCACUUCCCCUGUCUUCCUCCUCCCUUAAAUAUUGA